AUGGACGAGAACGCUGGCGGGGUAGCGCACAGAGCAACAACCCGGGCGCGCGACCGCGUCAACAUGGGGCUAGCACUAACGGUUACACGUAAAGGCCGCAAAAUGCACAUUGCUGAGGAUACGCAGUCGACAAUAUCACACCAAAGCAACGAGCCUAUCGACGUGCUCAAGAUCAGCGCGGCAGUGAAUGGUGAGGACAAAGAGAACGGCUCGGAAGAAGCCGCUAAUUCAGUGGGUGCGGCCGGCCAGACCAUCUAUGGAUUUCAAAAGAAGCCUGGGAAGAGGGACGUGGACGUGGACGUGGACGUGGACGUGGACGUGGAAGAGGGCGUGGUGGGGCGACCGGAUGACCGGAGUGACGAAGAGGACGAUGACGACGAUGACGACGAAGAAGAUGGUGAAGAUGCACAAGACCACAGCGCGGUUCAGGGUGAUGGCAGCGAUGAUGAGGGCAUCUUCUCAAAUGGAAUGGAUGUAGAUGAAGGCAUGAUAGACGACUUUGAGCCGACAUCAGGGCCCGCAUACGAGCGCUACUUUCAGGACCUCCACACGACGCGCGGCUCCAAGACAUCCGACAACACAUUAUCAAAACUGCCCGCGCUGAGCCAAGCUGAGUGCCGGCGUAUCCUGGGCACAGUGCCACCCAAGCACGAAAAGGAGCUAGAGCUACUGGAGGAGCUACAUCGGCGGCAGUUCCGGCAGUGGUACUUUGAGCUGGCAUGCGGGUUCAAUCUGGUAUUCUACGGCUACGGGUCGAAGCGGCGGUUGAUCAACAUGUUUGCUACCGAAAUGUCCGACGAUGCGCCGGUUGCCAUAGUCAACGGGUACUUCCCGACACUGAAUCUCAAGGCUACGCUGGAGAAGAUCCUGGGCGAGAUUGCCGGGUUCAGCGACACGUCAGGGUCGGUUGCCGAUCUGGCAGCGCUGAUCAGCGGCUACUUUGACUCGGACAAGCGCGCAGUCGACAGCAUGUACCUGGUGGUGCACAACAUUGACGGUGCGUGUCUGCGCAAGCACCAGACGGCAUUAGCAGUGCUGGGCAACUGCAGGAACAUCCACCUGCUGGCCUCGGUCGACCAUAUCGAGGCGCCAGUGAUGUGGGACACGACGCUGGCUACAAAAUUCAACUGGGCGUGGCACGAUCUGACCACGUUCGAGCCAUAUACCGUUGAGACCAGCUACGAGAACUUUAGCUCGACAUCGACUGAAAUCGGGCCGCGCGGCGUGCUGCAUGUGCUGGCCAGUCUGACUGAGAACGCAAAGAGCGUGUUCCGCAUCCUGGCCGAGCACCAGAUUGGCGAGUCGGUCAUGGGCGACGGUGGUGACGACACCAGUGCUGCGCAGCGACCAGGCACCUCCAAGUAUCCGGGGAUGCUGUACGCAGCCUACUUUGGCGCCUGUCGCGACCAGUUCCUGGUCAGCAGCGAGAUGGCGUUCCGGUCACAGCUAACCGAAUUCCGCGACCACAAGGUGAUCCAGUCAAGGCACGCAGCGGACGGGUCCGAGACCGUCUACAUCCCGCUGGACGCCAGCACGCUGGGCACGAUCCUCGAGGGCAUGGACUGAUAUGUGCAGAAAAACCAGAGCAGCUUU